UUCUGGAGACAGAGACACGUCCGCUACGUCUGGGCUGGGGGAUUGUGAGAGCACUGAAAACAAAACCUAAUUGCUUCUACAUUUUGCUGGACGUCAUGGAAGAAGUGCACUCACGGUACACUGCAGGGAAUGUUGACCAGGCCUUCUUGAAAAUUUGGAGCAACAGCGAUUGAAACACACGAGAACAAGCUAAAUCCUAUCCAUAUAUGUAAUCUAGCUGUACGCAAGCAUCCAUCGAACCAGUGAUUUGACAGAAGCUGGUAGGCUGACGCAGUUCUGGGAGAGGAGGAAAUUAAGUACAUCGUGGAGUCUCGGAGCUUCCCUGGGAGCUGACUAAGUUUCUUAUGAGCUUUCUUUCAUUUCGCUCCUUCGAGCUACUGGCGCUGAUUUGCAUACUCAAUAGACCUUAAGGUUCUGAGUACCAAGGGGAGAGGGUUGUCGGCAGAAUGCGGGAGUCCGCGAAAGCAGAUUCACUCCUCCGUGUAGAAGAUAGUAGAUGCCUUUUCCAUAUGGUCAAGAGAUCAGUUCAGAUACAGCACAAAAAGCAACAAGAAUUCAAGAAGGACCAAAAGGGAAAAAGGAGCCGAAGAGCACAAUUGUAAAGAAUUCAAACAGGGCGAGGAAGGGUCAGCGAGCUGUACACCAGGAGACUACAGGCCUCGUCGAUGCAUGGUCUCGUCGAUCGCAUCGCCUUCGACUAAAUCCUCGCAACCACAAUGUCUUUCCGAAAGUCUAAAGUUCAACUUUGGUUUAAACCCUAAUGCUUUCGACACAAAAGGCCUGCGCUGCUAGACGGUUCCCAGUGCGGAUGAGCUCUGAGAUUCCCACGGACUCUCUCCCAAUUCAAUGAUGGAACAAAGCAGCGCAGCCAAAGAUCGAUCAUCGAUAGCUGUAAGUUGACUGUCGAUCGCCGGGGCAAUCAUGCCCCGGCGCUAUCGAUUACAAACAUACGUCGAUGAUUUCCAUAUCUUAGAUACACAUCGGUGACAUCACAAGGCGUGAACGAUACCAGCGCAUGCGAAAUCCGACCGUAGGCAUAUAAAAAUAUAAAAAUGCGCCGCAUGAGAGCAUAGGUCGGGAGUCAAACAGCGCGCAUCUAAGAUUCAACAAAAAGCUCACAACUGAACUUUUGGCUACAGAGAGGAUCUGAAGUUCUGAAAGCGCCCAAACUGACAGAAAGCUUCACAAAAUGGAAAAACCUGCACACAAUCUACAACGUAAGGACGGAAGACCAAGUGUCAGAAGGAGCAUCUGCUUACACGCUUCUGGUGAGAUGAGAGCCGGAAGCGUCGACACGACAAGACACGGGAGCAAAGGGCUUUGCGAGAUUCGAUUGCGCCGUGGAGGAGUCGGGCCCUUCAGAUGCAGUUCAGAUCCGCAUCCACGCCCCUUCGGACAACAGUUCGGGUCAGGCGCCGGCGACGAUGCCAACUCAGUGUCCGACUUUCGUCUUUCUGUCCAUAUCAGCCUUCUCAUCGGCCGACGCGUACAAGAAUCCCCAAAUUUGCAAGUUGUGCGCGUAGCCAAUCCAACACGUGGAGAGACACACGUGGAGUAG